GCGCAUUGCGAUGGUGUAGCAUAAGCAGCUAAAACGUCACGGUUGUGAGUCACAGUUUUCAUUUUAUGCGAGUGACAGGUGUGGUUGACUGACGAGACGAAGGAAACUUAUAUUGUUUUAUGUAUAUGUGUUAAUUGCUGCAUAAUAAUUAAGAAAAAUGUUUUCGAGUGGUCCCAAUUACACAAAACUGAAAACACACCUACGAUUAGCUAUCAACAGAUUAAAACUGUUGGAAAAGAAGAAAACUGAAUUAGCGCAAAAAGCAAGAAAAGAAAUAGCCGAUUACCUAGCUACAGGGAAAAUAGAACGUGCCAAAAUAAGAGUAGAACACAUAAUUCGCGAAGAUUAUAUGGUAGAGGCAAUGGAGGUUGUAGAAAUGUAUUGUGAUUUACUUUUGGCGAGAUAUGGCUUAAUACAGCAGAUGAAGACACUAGAUGAAGGCCUUUCAGAAGCAAUAUCAAGCUUGUUAUGGGUUGCUCCAAGAAUGCAAACUGAUAUCAGUGAACUGAAAGUCAUUUCUGAACAGUUAAGUGCAAAAUAUGGAAGACAAUAUGCAGAUGCUUGCCGAGAAGAAGCAGUUAGCACAAUUUCAGAAAAGCUGAAGCACAAGAUGAGUGUUCAGUCACCACCGAAGCUCCUUGUUGAGAAGUAUUUAAUUGAAAUAGCAAAGAAUUAUGACAUUGAAUACCAACCAGAUCCACAGGUCAUGGAGGAAGAUUUAAGACCAGUUGGUGUUGAUGCACUGCUUAUUGAUAUUGAUCCAGAUAAAAAUAAUUUAGGGGGUCCAUCUGUACCACCACAACCUGCAGGAUUUGUUGGAUUUCCUCAGCCCCCUUUGCCUCCACCAUCUAACAUGAAGCCUUUCAGUUAUCCGAACAUUCCUCCUUCUGGUGGAACAUCUAGUGGACCAAGUGGUGGUAGUGCAGGAGGAUUCGUAAGUCCACCACCUCCGGUACCAAACAGCACACCAUAUGGAGCUCCUUUCUCAUACAAUAUUCCACCUUCUGCUUCUUCCGCUUCGUUUGAUGCCAAGACAUUAAAUACAGCUACCAACAGCAUAAAGGAUGAUACUGACUUACCUCCACCAUAUAACUUCAGCUUCCCACCUGAUUUACCAGACCAGAACAAACAGAGCAAUGAAAAGCCGAAACCAGCUCCACGGUCAAAAAUGUCUCCGGGGGAAGACACCUAUCCAGAACUGCCUGAACUCCCUGCUGUGCCAACAGACAGUUUUCCACCUGCGCCAUCAGCACCAGGUCCUUCAGAUGACAUUGAUUUUGAUGAUUUAACACGACGCUUUGAAGAUCUGAAGAAGAAGAAGUAAUUGUAUAACUCGAGCAUUAACUGUUUCCAGGUGCUGUUUGCCUCAUAACGAAACAGUGUCAGAUCUUUGUGCUUACAGAGUAAUAAACCUCUUAAAAUCAGAAGGCCUUUUUGUAUUAUAAAAGUGGUUAAACACAAAGUACUUUCAUUUAUUUUGUGUUUUGUUGUUAUUGACAGAACCAUAAGAAUUGCAUAGUAAUAGUACAGUUGAGAUGUGACUGGAAAAAGAUUGAAAAUAGAAGCAAGAAAGAAAGAAAAUAAUAUUUGUACACUGCUAUAAAACUGAAUUUAAAAUAUGUUCUUUUAUGGCUUGUUUGUUCUUCCCCAUGACCUUUCUGUGGGGUUUAUGAUGACUGAUCGCUAAAACAAAAUACUUGUACAAAAUAUAUUUUUCUGCUGUUAAUUUUCUUUAUGCUAGCAACACUGUGAAUCUGCAUUUGAAAUGUAACAGUGCUAAUCAACAAAGUUGUAUCAUCUGGAGACAUUUUCUGAGUGCUGUACUGUGCUUGUAAAUAAAAUUUUAAAUAUUUUUAACAAGA